AUGGAAAACACGUUGCCGCUCACGGUCGCGGACAUGGGUGCGCGCAAAUCUUGGGCCAAGGACAUGCUGUUGCAUGAGGAUUCCGGGUCCGUCUGA